CUGGCUGUGUAUCAUGCCAGCGGUUAGCUAGCGGCUAAUGUGAAUGCUGACGAUUUCCGCACCAUUUUCCUCUAAUAUUCCUCAACUACACCGUCAAAUAUUAGACAAAGCGUUUCUGCAGAUCACCCUUCCGCUCUUUGACGAGUGUUUGACUAUGUCAGAGAAGAUGAAUGGAAACCCUCCUUCAGCGGUGUGGAGAUGACCUGCCACCCCAUCGGGAAUGGUCAGAAUGGGGCCAGAUGUGCCCCUUCUUAAUGAGUACAAGCAGGAGUUCUUCUGGAAACGCUUCCCCCAAACAGUGUUGGGGGGUCCACGCUUCAAGUUGGGCUACUGUGCCCCGCCGUAUGUAUACGUCAAUCAAGCCGUCCUGUUCCUGACACCAUGGCUUUUCGGGGGCAUCGGUACCCUGCUCUGCCAGCUGCAGCUGCUGCAGGAGCUCCAUGCCGCAGUGCUCUCUGGUAUGCUCAUGUUCGGGGCUGCAGCGGGUGUCCAGGCCCUGGCGCUGUACGCUGCUCGGAGGAGUGGCACGGUGGAGAGACUUGGUGCACCCAACAUCCUGGUUGAUGAAGAGGAAGUGGAAUUUACCCACUGCGUCAGCCCGGAGACUGUUCGAUUCAUUGCUCCCGGGAAGCGGUUUGGGAUGAACGUGGUGUUGCACACGGUUCUUGCUGGGGUGCUCUGCGGCUUUGGGACGUGGUACGUGUUCCUCGGCAGACUGACUGCUCUCUAUGGCAGCAUUGGUGUGUCCCUGGUGGUCUUUGUCCUGAGCUGGGUGACUUUAUGUAUAGCUGAGUAUUCCCUCAUUGUAAAUACAGCGACAGAGACGGCUACUUUCCAGGCGCAGGACACUUAUGAGAUCACCCCACUCACGCGGCCCCUCUACAUUUUUAUUUUCAUUUCUGUGGACUUGGCUGAUCGGUUCUCGAACCCUGUCCCUGAACUCCAGCUGGCCAGCCAGGUUCUCCAUGUGCUCUUUCUCUUCCUACCUCUGCUGUGGGCUCUGGGUAUACUGCCUCCCCUGGAUGCCCUGCUCCUAUGGGGCAUGGAGCAAGCUCUUGUGUUUGGUUUAGGAGGCUCACCAAUGUCUAGCAACCUCAGACUGCUGUUGAUGUUUGGUGCAUCCGCCGGCGUCGCCGUGUGCAAUUACUUCAUCCCAUCAACGCUGGGUGUGGUUCUGCUCUCCAUCUCUACGGGAUUUCUGCUGAGCCUGGACCUCAGCCAGGUUGGCACACUCUGCAGAGGUUCCAGGGGAGCCUUCAGGGACCGGGGACUGCGCAGAGGGGGGUCACCACCUCCUCCCCCCUGUUCCUUUGGCUGGAAUCUGGGCUGCAGGGAGCUACUGCUAUAUUUGACCCUGCUACUGGUGGCGAUGGCAGAGGCAGGGCUGUUGCAUCACUUCCUCGGUUUAGUUCAGUCCCAGAGCUUAGUUGCCGGGCCCCAGGCUCCUGUCAGCUACCUCCUCCUCGUACUCUUCUGCCUUUCCUGGGCUCUAGGAGAGAUCCAGGGGGCGUACAUAUUUGGAGGGGUGUUCCUCAAUCCCCUGUACCCUAAAGGCAUGUCCAGUGUGCAAACUUUCAAGCAGCGGAACAGAGGGUUAUAUAUUGCUGCAGCAAUCAGGAGAGUUCUCCUUUAUUUGGUGGCUCCAUUUGGAAUGAUUGCCUUCCUGUCUAUGGACAAAUCUCUGCAGCAGCUCCACAGGGUUUCCCUCAGUGUGGGAUUCACACGGGCCUUUAGAGUGGUGUGGCAGAGCUCAGAGGACGCUCUGCUCCAAAUGGUGGUGGUGAUCUUGGUGCGGCUUGCAGCUGGAAGCAAAACGCUGCCGGGUUGGGACGACUUGGGAACUGGAGUUCAGCUUCUUUUGGUGGGCCUCCUGAUGGACAGACUGACGCAGUUCCUGGCCAAGCUAAAGUUCACCCUCACUGUGUUGGUGACAUCUUGGACGGAGAAGAAGCAGCGCCGCCAGUCGGCUGGAACUCUCCUGGCUCUUAACGCCUCUCUGUGCCCAUUGUUGCUGGCGGUAGUGACCCUCUCUGCUCUGCUCUCUGCCCCUCUGCUUCCCCUCUUCACUCUCCCCAUCUUCCUCGUGGGGUUUCCCAGGCCUCAGCGAAGUUGGCCUGGACCCGUGGGCACCGCGUGUCCCUGCCCUGACUCCAUCUUCUACCAACAAAUGAGUGGAAGUCUGGCCUCUGCUCUAAGGACGGCCUUUGCAAGAGGGUCAUUGGGUUCUCUAGCUCCAGGCUCUCAUUUCCUUGGCCGCUUUCAGGACCGUAUGGUUUGGAUAAUGAUCCUAGAGAGAGGAUACGGCUAUUGUACUGUCAACAUUAAGGGUCUGGAGCUGCAGGAGACUUCUUGCCACACAGUGGAGGCGCGGAGGGUGGACGAGGUGUUCGAGGCUGCUUUUGAGCGCCCGGAGCGUCUGGGCUUCACCCAGGGCUUUAACCUGCACUGGGGAAACGCCCUCACCCCUUGUGCUGCACUUGCAGUGCGAGUCUAUUCUGACGCCCGAAACGUCCUAUCUGGCAUCAUUGACUCUCAUGAUAACUUGAGGAAACUUCAGGAUGACUUCAUGAAGUCGCUGAUCUGGUUGCUCCUGCGGUACUGUGUGCAGAAGCAUAAAGGGUUUCUGUGGAGCAGUGAAGAAGGGUCAGGGAUUGGAGGGAUGAAGUCCCAGUCUUCACAGUUAGCCCAGACGACGUGCAACCAACAGCCUGAGGCUGUCUUUGUAGAAUCCAACGUGUCUUCUCUCAGGUUCAGACAGGACAGCUCCAGUUUGACCUCCUUUGGAGAUUGGUCAGAUGAGGAUGAUUUAUUCGGACCUCAACCGACCAGACGGACAGUGGCUUUAGUCACUGCAGAGGCCCAGCCCGGACAAACCACACUGCAGACAGGGGCCUCUUUGCCAGGCUCUGUGGAGAUGGACAGUCUUUUUGAAAACAUGGCUCUCUCUGCCCUGCAGCCCUUGCAGCCCCUGGGACUAGGCAUCGGGAUGCCAGCGGUGGACAAAGGCCGUAACCCUGAGGUCUUCAGAGAAAGCCCUGGCUCUCUGCCUCAGUUGAACUUCAGCUGUCCUCAGUCGGAGAUAUUUAACCUACCAACAGGGUGGAGGACAGCACCGUUAUUACCAUCCCGCUUACUGUCGCUCAGGCCUUUGUUUCCAGAGGAAUGGUUUAGGUUUACGUUGGGCCAGUUUGGGCCCACUGUGCAGGGUGAGACGUCUGAGGACAUGACCAAAGCCCUGAAGGAGGAUGAAGUCUUGAAAGAAUUGCACGUUCAGGUUGCACUUUCAUGUCUCAUCUCCCUGGGGGCAGAGUCUGCCUUCACCAGUCCGAGUUACGUCUACAGGCUCUAUUGUGGAGACGUACCGUGGACAGAAGGACUCGACUGGUUGUCCUCAAGUAAAGACCUUUACCAGCUUGCACUUCAGGCUUUCAGGUUCAGUUUCAAGUUGUUGUUUGAUCAAGCAAGCCUGGGGCCAAUGGAGUCCUCCGAGGAAUUGUUCAGCACUUUGGAGGAAUAUGAAAGGGACUGGUACAUCGGCCUGGUGACGGAGAAAGGCUGGCAUGACAGUGUCCUUCAGGAGAAACCAUUCCUAUUCUCUCUAGGACAUGACCUCACCAUGGGUACCUACACAGGACGAGUCCUGUCCCUGCAGGAGCAGCUGGUACAGGUGGGCCGGCUGAAUGGAGAAGGGGUUCGUGGGCAGUGGGCAAACCUUUCCUGGGAACUCCUGUACGCUACAAAUGAUGACGAAGAGCGGUACAGCAUCCAGGCUCAUCCGUUCAUGCUGAGAAACUUAACUGUCCAGGCAGCCGAUCCCCCUCUAGGAUACCCCAUUUACUCGUCGGCGCCCCUUCACUUCCCCAGCCUCUGACCUGUGGUUCCAUCAGCCAUCUUCACGUUACGCUCUAGAGAAGGAAGCAGAUGCUUUUCAGUCGGUACUAUCACGGCAAAAUGUCAAUUUCUUUUGGUAAUUUCAAAAUACAUGUGGCAACUACGGCAAAGUCCAGAGAAAACUUGUAAAACCGUUUUUAUUUCCAAACUGUUGACUCUAAAACUGUGAGAGUUUUGUCUCUUUGGGGAAACAAAUUGAUUUCUCAUAUUAAUUUGACUUUUGGGUGCUUUAUUUCCUGGACCAUAGAGGAAGGAGCGGUGGCAUCACCGCUGUACUCUUAAAAUAAAAAGUUGCAAAAUCUAACUGUCAGUGUGGACUACUUCCUAGAAAAGCACAUUCAAAAAGAAAUGCUGAAUGUGAAUUGUUGGGUUGCCACCGGUUUGCACACAGGUUUGUUUAAUGUGUGCGACUUAAACAAAAAAUUAAUAAUUACAUUUAGCCAACUCCCAUCUAGACACACGCAGAAUAUUUUAUUGUAUUUGUUAGGUUUCACAACUUAAUGUGAUGUCCCCUCCAUGUCCACAAAAAAAAGGGACAAGAAUUUUAAUGUUUUGUUAAAAUAUAUCAAGGAUGUGCCUUGGGUAAGUCUUGCCGUAUGUGUAUGAAUGGUGUUUAGUGCUAUCGUUUUGUUUACAAUUCACCUGUUUACAAUGUAGAAUGAAGAGUUAAAUGAAUUUGUCCUCAGUUUCUUGUACAUAUUGUUCAUUUUUAUAUGUUUAAGUGUAUAUACUUAUAAUAAAACUGGUUUGUAAAUGCA